GAGCGCCACCAGGUGUUGCCGACGUGCGACGACUAUGUGUGGUAACGCGGCGCACGCGAAUUGGCAUCCGAUCGAACGUCGGCCACUUCUUGCACGAGCGGAUUUCGUAUUUCAGUCUGUCCGGUGCGUUCAAUUCAGCGAGAUCGCCGCCUCCGCCAAAGAGCAAGAUCCAAAAGACACACGGGUUGUGUGACGACGAUAUUAUAUUCAGCCAACAAAUACACACGCACGCACGCUCGCAUUGUCCCCGCAUUCGGUCAAUCAGAGUCGGAGAGACAAUAGAGACAUAAUAGUUUAAGAACGGAAGCCCACCUUUGACCGAUUUGUGCUAAAGACAGAAGCAAAGAAAGAAGAGGCAAAUACAUACACACUCACACACACACUCAGUCUCUCGAGAAGAUAAAUUAAAUACACUCGCAACAUCAUCAUAACAUCAUCGUACCUUCUUCCUCCCCUCAGCAGAGUUCUCGUCCCUCAGAACGAGAAUAAUACUUAAAAUUAAGUAAUUUUAAUUAUUUUCUGUUCACGAUUUUAACUUGUUCCUCCCUCUCGUCCCGAUUGAUUAUAUAAAUUUCCUAAUUUAUUUUUUCGUCGACACACCUUCCCCCUCAUUCUUCGUCGUCUGCUCGUGUGUGCGUGUGUUCGUUGCUGCUGCAGAUCGGUGGUGCUCGAUUAGCCGCGUGUAAUGGCUUUUUUGCGUACAGUGCUGAGAAAAUGUGAUAGGAAGUACGUCGGCUUUCUGCAGAAGGACUUGUUGCUGUUGAAGAACCAACAUGCCAUCGCCGCCCUAAAGUCGACCGCGGCUGCCUGCGCUAACGACAAUGUGAACGCCUCCGCCUCCCCCAAGGAUCCCCUGGACAUCACCUUCGAAGACGCCAAGGCCGCCUUCAAGAGCAAGACGACAUGGGAGCUGGUGCGCGCCUACAUCGUCUACACCCUGUGCUCGUUCGAAACCCUCGUCGACCACAACAUGAAGCUGAUGAAAGUUUCUCGAGCCAUCCUCGGCGACCGUCUGUUCACCGCGCUGAUGAAGGGCACCUUCUACGGACAUUUCGUGGCCGGCGAAGAUCAGUACAAGAUUCGUCCAACUCUGGAGAGGCUCCGAUCCUUCGGUGUAAAACCGAUCCUCGAUUACUCAGUAGAAGAAGAUUUGACCCAGGAGGAAGCCGAGAAACGUGAAGUCGAAUCCUCUGUCCCCGAAGAUAAAGCAAAUGUCGAUGAUACCGAGUCUUUGAAGCAAUACAGCGUGGAUAAAACCUUUGCCGAUAGGCGGUACAAGGUGCAAUCAGCCCGUACAUAUUUCUAUCUUAAUGAAGCUACCUGCGAGAGGAACAUGGAAACGUUCCUGAAAUGCCUCGAAGCGGUUGCCGAUUACGAUAGCACAUCCAAGACUGUUCACGGGCCCCGCUCCACUUACGGCACCGGAAUCACCGCCAUCAAGCUAACUGCUCUCGGCAGGCCACAACUCCUCCUUCAAUUAUCUGAAGUAAUCAUGAAGGCCCGUAAAUACAUGACUGAAAUCGUGGGCGGCGAAGGUAACGUUCUCUCGCAUCAUACAACCCGUGAAGAAUUGGAGAAGAAGAUCAGAGAUGCUAACAUCACCGAUCAAGCGUCCGUCACUAAAUUCUUGGACAGCCUCACGGAAGAUAGCAAGGGCAUUAUGCACUUGUUCCCGUGGUCUGGAGUCGUUGACGAUAACCAAGAAUUGAGCAGCACCUUCCGUGUGCCAGACCUUAAGAGGGGUCGCAUGGUUCGCUUAAUCACCAAAUUGUCAACCAAAGAGGAAGAAAUGUUUAGGAACAUGAUCCGCAGAAUGAACACCUUAGUCAAGGCUGCCCAAGAUAUGGACGUACGUAUAAUGGUUGACGCCGAACAGACUUAUUUCCAACCCGCCAUCUCCCGUUUGACCUUAGAAUUCAUGAGGAAAUAUAACAAAGAAAAGGCUGUCGUUUUCAACACCUAUCAAUGUUACUUGAGGGAUGCCUUCAACGAAGUAACCACCGAUCUUGAACAAGCCAAACGUCAAAACUUCUACUUCGGAGCUAAGUUGGUUCGCGGCGCCUACAUUGAACAGGAAAGGGCCAGGGCCGCUGCCCUCGGCUAUGCCGAUCCAACAAAUCCCAACUUCGAUGCUACUUCUGAAAUGUACCAUCGCACUUUGACCGAGUGCCUGCGACGCAUCAAGGAAUUGAAGAAUCGCGGAGAAGACCAAAAGAAGAUCGGCAUCAUGGUUGCCUCGCACAACGAAGAUACCGUUCGAUUUGCCAUCGAGAAAAUGAAGGAAAUUGGCAUCGAGCCCGAGGAUAAGGUCAUCUGUUUUGGUCAAUUGUUGGCCAUGUGCGAUUACAUUACCUUCCCAUUAGGUCAAUCUGGUUAUUCCGCUUACAAGUACAUCCCAUAUGGUCCAGUCAACGAAGUGUUGCCAUAUUUAUCGAGAAGAGCUCAAGAAAACAAGGGUGUCUUGCAGAAGAUCAAGAAGGAGAAGAGGUUGUUGUCUAGCGAACUCCUGCGCAGGUUGGCCACCGGCAAAAUAUGGUACACACCCAAGGGCAACUACGUGCCUGUCUAAAGAUAACGAAACUUGAAUGUAUCGAUAAACCAAUUUAAAUGAAAGUAUUUUUUGUCCUGUUAUUUUUUAAUUUUGGACAAGGAAUAUAUACCUACUGUUUCGUAGAUAAGUAGUUUAAACAAAAAAAGACACUCCUACCGUCGUUAUAAAUGUAUAAAACAAAUUACCCCUCUCCGCCACCCCCCCGAAAAAAAAAUCAGAAAAAAAAAGAGCAAACAACUAAUGCAACUACUAUACAAGUUUGCGUGAUGUUCGCCAUUCCCACGUAUUUAAAUUAUUAAAUAAUCAAAAGAAAAGAAAAAACAAGUUUAAAAUGUCUGUUUCUCCUUAAGCCAGCCUAAAAGAGAGGUUUUCUAAUACGCAUUCGUCUCUUUCUCUGCGAGAAAGAACUCUUCGUAUUUACAAACCCGUCACGCAAACUGUAGUAAACUAAAAAUAAAAAAAA